AUGUCAGACCCUAGACAAAAUGUAUUUCCGCCCGAUGGAGAUGUCCUCAUUAUGUCACCCAUGGGAAAACAAUGGAAACUCCAUUCAUGGCAACUUGUCACCUACGCCCCAACAAUCGGUGCUCUGCUUAAGGAUGUUCCGCCUCGAAAUAUCACAAAGGCGAAUAGAGCUGAAGGUAUCACUGUGAGAUGGUGGAUUGAGAUGAAACCAUUUGCCGCGUUCAAAGAUGAUCGUUUCCGAGAUUUUGAGUGCGUUCCAAUGAAUAAAAAGGGAAAACUUACCUUGAAUGGUGCUGGUGCUUAUAAUGGCAUCGGAGAUGUUUCGUUCGAAAGAACAUAUGACAACCUCUUCAGGCUGCUCUACAAUCUACCUCCAAAUCUUACGGACGAUAUUGAAGAUGGUGGCGCCAAUGUUUACAUUACCGAUUGCGUUUCCAUUCUUCAAGCUGCUGACUACGUGAAUGCCUUGCCCAGCGUUCGUACUUACAUCGAGAGCUACCUCUUGCGCAUCAGCCAGAAGUUCUGGGUUCAUGUUGCCAAAGCCCCCGAGGCAUGGUCGGAUAUUGCUGUUCGUCUUCAAUCAGCAAUAAUCUUUCGAGAAUCCAUAAUCCAUAUUGCUGGUGGCCUCGAGCUGCCAGGACUUAUCAAAAGAGCUAGAUUUGGGAAAACUCAAUUUGGAAAUGUGUGCCUCAAAGUAGCGGAGCGUAAAUCUCUUGAGCUCAGAGAUAAGAAGAUAGACGUUGAGCGCAGAUUGUUACAAUACUACCCAGCACGUCUCAUUCGCAGAGAGACACCUGAUAAGAUCCCCGGCCGUGCCGAUUAUGGCUCGGAUAUCUAUUACUGGCAGGCUCUUACCAUGUGUCGUCAAUUCUUCCAGUCUUCCAUCCUUGCAAACAGACAUCAUCGUCAUGUGGAUGGUGGUGUAGAGUUCUAUCGCACCGUCUUCCGCUGUGAUUAUAUCGACAAGCACGCCGCAGAUGAAUUCCAUCAACUUUUCGCCAUGUCGACCAAAGGAAAGCAGUGUCUUGCUGAUGCUGUUGAACUCAUUAAGGAUGACCAUCGCGUGGUCGUCGUCGAUCUUUUAGAGGACAACUUGCAACUCCGUACCACAGUCAGAAGCAAGCCAUUAAGAUAUUUGACUUGCACCAAGGUCCUGGAGGAAGAAUUGCCAUGGAUUGCCAGCCCUGGUUUAGGUUUAGGCACCAAUCCAGGACGAGUUGGAUAUGAGGUUAGUGGUGAGGGUCCCGCGUGCCUAGGAAGAGCUCCAGGAGAGGUCGUGGUCCAGAAUGACGCUCCUAGCCCAGAGAAAGUACCAGGUGAGGAAGUCAAAGGUGUUGAAGAUGCUAUUAGUGUCACUGUAGAGGGAAGAGAAGAGGCUGACGCCGAGGAUGACGAGGAUGGGCAGCAAUAUGAGAACGAGAGCGCGAAGGAAGGAGAAGAAGAUGAAGAUGAAUACAUGGAAAGAGCAUAA